AUGUAUUCCGCAGAGAUUUGUGUCCCCACCGUCUCUUCCACGGAUUCUGAGUUGGAGAUCAAGCCCAAUAUCAAUAAAAAGUAUCCCAAGUUGAAGUCCAACGAACGACUGGUCGAGAACGACGAAAACGGCGGCGAACGUAAGUUUUGGGCAACAAAUCCAAUAUUUAGGUAUUUCUGUCCAUAUUUUCUUGUAAAUUAGGUAUUUUGUGGCAAUAUGUUCUUGUAAAAAUAGUUUCUGAGCAGGAAAGCAGAUAUUCAGGUGUUUUCCAAAUAUUUUUGUAAAUUAUUUGUGAAAGAACUCUUUUUUAGGUAAUUGUAGAAUUGUUUUGCACUCUUUUGAAAUGUUUCCACAAGGUUUGGAGAAAAAAGCAUUUUAAUAUUUUUAUGAAAUAUUUUGAAAGAUUUUUGGCUAAAUUUGGACAUUCCUUUUGGGCCAGUACCUUAUUUUACUUUUAUCUUUUAGGUUUAGGUAACACUUUUGCAAAGCUUUUUUGUUCUUGUCAAGUUGUUUUGUCCGAGGCUCUCUUCCACCAUAAAUUACAUUUUUCUUCAUUAGUUUUCGUCCAAUCAGCGUGCUCCUUACUUCAUCUUACAAAUGCUAUUAGUUUUGGUCAAAAAGUGCAGCGAAUCGUAUUUUAUUUCACGGUAACACUUGAGGUUAAAAUUAAGUUUAGUUUUAAAGAUCAAAUUCUCUGUCUUGUAGGAUUAUAUAUCUUUAUUAAUUGAACUUUUAGUGUUCUUCAUCGUUGUUUUGUUUCUUUAUCUUUUCAAGCUAAAGGUCAACCUUGAAAUUCUAUCGAUAUCUAUAGGAUCUCUAUCGGAAUAAUUAUGAUUAUAGCUGUCGUAGAAGACACUAAACUAGACUUUAUUUAAAUUAACAUCUAAGGCAAUAUGGCUUUGAUAGUGAAUCACACUUCAUAGACGUUUUUCAUAAACACUUCGAAGUGCUAGCCAGGAAGGGGGGGGGGCAUUACAGAAACAGUGUACUGUUAUCUAUUUUUAACGACCGCCGCAGGCUGUGCAAUUUGUAAUAGACAGUAGUGAUUAGAUGUAAGGGGAAGGCGACACCUGAUGAAAUGCUGUAGUUGCGCGUCGCACCGUGCGGUGACAGCCCGCGACACGAGAGCCAGCCUUGGCGUCAGGGUCGUUGGAGAAGGGGGGAAGGGGUUACGAGAGAGCGAGACGCCCGUGGCAACGAUGACCUUCGUCACUGAUUCUGCUGCUCUAAUCGCCAUGCCCGCGUCAAAGGAGGUGGAAGUGAAAAAAUGGAAAGGGCGAUUGCGUAGUACCUAGCUCAACAAAACUCGGCUGCGGGGUUUUUUGUGCCGGCUACUGCCUUGCCCGUGAGUCGCCUUCUUCCUUCGACCCUUGCACUUCCGAAGCACCUACAGGGGCGGCGUCGCGCCGGAAUCUGAGUCGCGCACUCAGGAUCCCCUUGAUCUCGGUCCAACUCUUUUUUGCUCACCUUCCUCCCCGCCCCCGAUUGGUUCAGCCGACUGGCUCCCCAUUCUGCCCUUUCACCUUCACGUCUCAUCGUCCACGAGAUCCGUCUUGCCCUCAAGGACUCGCCUGGCCUAGUAAUCCUUGAUGGUUGCUGUUUCAGCUCAAAUCGAAGUUAUACCAUGCAAAGUGUGCGGCGACAAGUCAUCUGGAGUCCACUAUGGCGUCAUCACGUGUGAAGGUUGCAAGGUUAGUCCGUGACCCAAUGACCUAAACUAAUCAUGUUGUUGUAGGGAUUCUUCCGCCGAAGCCAAAACACCCCCGUCCAGUACCAGUGCACCAGACAGAAGAACUGCACGGUAGACCGCGUCAACCGAAACAGAUGCCAGUACUGUCGGCUACAGAAAUGCCUGGAUCUGGGAAUGUCCCGAGAGGCCGUCAAGUUCGGCCGAAUGUCCAAGAAACAGCGAGAGAAGGUGGAAGAUGAGGUAGGUCUUUUGCUCUUCAUUUGUUUUUAUUUACUGUUGUCAAUUAGUUUAUUUGAUUUAUAACAUAAUGUAGCUCAAUCUUUAAUGUCAUGUACUUUCAGGCCCGGAUGUGCCGUGAACGAGCAGUGUAUCAGAACUCCCCCAUCCCUUAUGCCUAUGAAAUGAAGUAUUCACCCAACCAGAUGUACCUCUCGCCUCAGACGGUAUCUUCUACUCAACCACUACAAGGAUACGACAUGUACCACUCAUCCCCUGGCAGUUACCCUCCGAACUCCAACAUCAACGGAAUCCAUCCACCUUCAACUCCCAUGCCUAUGACAUACGUCCACCAACCUCACCAUGGACUGGCGCCCACAGAACCAUACAGAUAUACCCAGAAUGCCCUUCCUGGAUACCCUGUAGCACAAAUGGGACAACUCCCACCCACUUCAGAUGGUUACAUCACCGAAUACAAAACCGAGUACGACCUUCCCCAUACCGAGGUAUCGACAACGUUCAACGAAAUGAUGGUCGACACCAUUGUAAGUGCCUACGACACCGUGUAUGCCCAAUAUAAGAACGGCAAGGACAAUGACGAGAAUUUGACCAUCCACUCCAAGCAGCAAAUGUUCAUGAAUAUGGUAAGUUUUCAGUCGAUUAUCGUUGUCAAUUCACAUUAUCACCUUGUACGAAAGAGCUCUUGCAUGACGUAUAAUCUUGGAUAUGUAUUUUAGUAAUUGAUUUUCAGGAUCGUAUCUCCGGCUGGCACAAAUUCUCUGCCGAAAUCACCAAAAUCAUCACAUCUGUCAUCGAAUUCGCCAAGUCCAUCAAGAACUUCACGUUUAUCGACCAGAACAUGCAGAUCGCCAUCUUGAAGAACGUCGCAUUCGAAGUGGCACUGGUCAUGGCUCCACAUAUGAUGAGCCUCGACGAUAACGAGGACAGCAUCAUAGUGGACGAUGUCCGGCUACCGCUCAGCUUUUUCCAAUGUGUGGAUUCUUUGGACAACGACUUCGGGACGAGUCUCAUCAACCACCUCCGCGAGUUGGCAUCGUUCCACUUGACGAAUCAAGAAGUCGGUCUUCUGGCAGCCGCCAUCCUCAUGAAGUCAGCCGACUGUCAGCACGAGUUCGUGGAGCAGCUCAAGGACCACUUGAAGCAACAUCUCUCGUCUCGUGCCAUCGUCGAAGACAACACGGUGGACGUGUUCGGAAGACUGUGGAGCUUCGUCAACCAGUUAUCGAACCUGAAGCACCAACAUCACGAAUGUCUACACAGGCUGCUACACGAGAAUCAGUCGUUCUGCGACAAGUUGUCGCCUUUGUACAGAGAAUUGUUUUUGUAG